AGAACAAUGUGUUAAUUGCUUUGUUACUGUUGUCAAAUUUCUGAUGAAAGUCAAAGUUUUUUGUUGACAGAAUGGUGAGAUACUUUAUCAAUAGCUCUUUUACUCUUUCUUUUUCCUUGUUUUCUUUUAUAGUUGCUGAUAUGUAUUCAAGAUGAGUGGGAUGGGAGAAAAUACCUCUGACCCAUCCAGGUCAGAGACAAGGAAGCGAAAGGAAUGUCCUGAUCAGCUUGGACCCAGCCCCAAAAGAAAUACUGAGAAACGUAAUCGUGAACAGGAAAAUAAGUAUAUUGAGGAACUCGCAGAGCUGAUUUUUGCAAAUUUUAAUGAUAUAGACAACUUUAACUUCAAACCUGACAAAUGUGCAAUCUUAAAAGAAACUGUGAAGCAAAUUCGCCAGAUCAAAGAACAAGAGAAAGCAGCAGCUGCCAACAUAGAUGAAGUACAGAAGUUAGACGUGUCAUCUACGGGGCAGGGUGUCAUCGACAAGGAUGCUCUGGGGCCUAUGAUGCUGGAGGCCCUUGAUGGGUUCUUCUUUGUGGUGAAUCUGGAAGGCAACGUGGUGUUUGUUUCAGAGAAUGUGACACAAUAUCUAAGGUAUAACCAGGAAGAGCUGAUGAACAAAAGCGUAUACAGCAUCCUGCACGUUGGGGACCACACUGAAUUUGUCAGAAACCUGCUGCCAAAGUCUAUAGUGAACAGGGGAUCUUGGUCUGGUGAACCUCCUAGGCGGAACAGCCAUACCUUCAACUGUCGGAUGCUGGUAAAACCUUUACCUGAUUCAGAAGAAGAAGGCCAUGAUAACCGGGAAGCACACCAGAAAUAUGAACCUAUGCAGUGCUUUGCUGUCUCUCAACCAAAGUCCAUCAAAGAAGAAGGAGAAGAUUUGCAGUCCUGUUUGAUUUGUGUGGCAAGAAGAGUCCCUAUGAAGGAAAGACCAGUUCUUCCCUCAUCUGAAAGUUUUACUACUCGCCAGGAUCUCCAAGGCAAGAUCACCUCUCUGGAUACUAGCACCAUGAGGGCAGCCAUGAAGCCAGGCUGGGAGGAUCUAGUGAGAAGGUGCAUUCAGAAGUUUCAUGCACAGCAUGAAGGAGAAUCUGUAUCCUAUGCUAAAAGGCAUCAUCAUGAAGUACUGAGACAAGGAUUGGCAUUCAGUCAGAUCUAUCGUUUUUCCUUGUCUGAUGGCACUCUUGUUGCUGCACAAACGAAGAGCAAACUCAUCCGUUCUCAGACUGCUAAUGAGCCUCAGCUUGUAAUAUCUUUACAUAUGCUUCACAGAGAGCAGAAUGUAUGUGUAAUGAAUCCGGAUCUGACUGCACCAGCGAUGGGGAAGUCAUUGAAUCCAAUUAGCUCUAGCAGUCCUGCCCAUCAAGCCAUGUGCAGUGGGAACCCAGGUCAGGACAUGACCCUCAGUAGCAAUAUAAAUUUUCCCAUAAAUGGCCCAAAAGAACAAAUGGGCAUGCCCAUGGGCAGGUUUGGUGGUUCUGGGGGAAUGAACCAUGUGUCCGGCAUGCAAGCAACCACUCCUCAGGGUAGUAACUAUGCACUCAAAAUGAACAGUCCCUCUCAAAGCAGCCCUGGUAUGAAUCCAGGGAAGCACACCUCCAUGCUUUCACUAAGGCAUCGCAUGAGCCCCGGCGUGGCGCGCAGUCCUCGCAUCCCACCCAGUCAGUUUUCCCCUGCAGGAAGCUUGCAUUACCCCGUGGGAGUUUGCAACAGCACAGGAAAUAGCCAUAGUUAUACCAACAGUUCCCUCAAUGCACUUCAAGCCCUCAGUGAGGGUCAUGGGGUCUCAUUAGGGUCAUCGUUGGCUUCACCGGACCUAAAAAGGGGCAAUUUGCAAAACUCCCCAGUUAAUAUGAAUCCUCCCCCACUCAGCAAGAUGGGAAGCUUGGACUCCAAAGACUGUUUUGGACUUUAUGGGGAGCCAUCAGAAGGUACAACUGGACAAGCGGAGAACAGCUGCCACCCUGGAGAGCAAAAGGAAACAAGUGAUUCCCGCAUGCCCCAGGCUGUGAGUGGGGACAGAGCUGAGGGACAGAACCGGUUACAUGACCGCAAAGGGCAGACCAAACUCCUGCAACUGCUGACCACCAAGUCUGACCAAAUGGAGCCUUCACCCCUGCCCAGCUCUUUGUCAGACACAAACAAGGACCCCACAGGCAGCUUAUCUGGGCCUGGCUCCACACACGGGACCUCGCUCAAGGAGAAGCAUAAAAUUUUGCACAGACUCUUGCAGGACAGCAGUUCCCCUGUGGACUUGGCCAAGCUAACAGCAGAAGCUACAGGCAAAGAGCUGAGCCAGGGGUCCAGUAGCACAGCUCCUGGGUCUGAAGUGACUAUUAAACAAGAGCCAGUGAGCCCCAAGAAGAAAGAGAAUGCACUACUUCGCUAUUUGCUAGAUAAAGAUGAUACUAAAGAUAUUGGUUUACGCGAAAUUACCCCAAAACUUGAGCGACUGGACAGUAAGACAGACCCUGCCAGUAAUACAAAACUAAUAGCUAUGAAAACUGAGAAGGAGGAGAUAAGCUUUGAGCCCAAUGACCAGCCUGGCAGUGAGCUAGACAACUUGGAGGAGAUUUUGGAUGAUUUACAGAAUAGUCAGUUACCACAGCUUUUCCCAGACACGAGGCCUGGCGCCCCUGCUGGAUCAGUUGACAAGCAAGCCAUCAUCAAUGACCUCAUGCAACUCACAGCUGAAAACAGCCCUGUUACACCCGUUGGAACCCAGAAAACAGCAUUGCGAAUUUCACAGAGCACUUUUAAUAACCCACGACCAGGGCAACUGGGCAGGUUAUUGCCAAACCAGAAUUUACCACUUGACAUCACAUUGCAAAGCCCAACUGGUGCUGGACCUUUCCCACCAAUCAGAAACAAUAGUCCUUACUCAGUGAUACCUCAGCCAGGAAUGAUGGGUAGCCAAGGGAUGAUGGGAAACCAAGGAAACUUAGGGAACAGUAUCACAGGAAUGAUUGGUAGCAAUGCUUCCCGGCCCACCAUGCCAUCUGGGGAAUGGGCACCUCAGAGUUCACCUGUGAGAGUCACUUGUGCUGCUACUGCCAGUGCUAUGAACCGGCCAAUCCAAGGAGGUAUGAUUCGGAACCCAACAGCCAGCAUCCCCAUGAGACCCAACAACCAGCCUGGCCAAAGACAGAUGCUUCAGUCUCAGGUCAUGAAUAUAGGUCCAUCUGAGUUAGAGAUGAACAUGGGCGGAGCUCAGUAUAGCCAACAACAAGCUCCUCCGAAUCAGACUGCCCCGUGGCCUGAGAGCAUCCUGCCUAUAGACCAGGCAUCUUUCGCCAGCCAGAACAGGCAGCCAUUUGGCAGCUCUCCAGAUGAUUUGUUGUGUCCGCAUCCUGCAGCUGAGUCGCCAAGUGAUGAGGGAGCCCUCCUGGACCAGCUUUACCUGGCCUUGAGGAACUUCGAUGGCCUUGAGGAGAUGGAUAGAGCUCUGGGAAUACCAGAACUGGUCAGCCAGAGCCAAGCAGUAGAUCCAGAACAGUUCUCAAGUCAGGAGUCCAACCUCAUGCUGGAGCAGAAGGCCCCUGUUUUCCCACAGCAGUAUGCAUCUCAGGCCCAGAUGGCGCAGAGCAGCUAUACUCCCAUGCAAGAUGCAAAUUUCCACACCAUGGGACAGAGGCCUAGUUACGCUGCACUCCGGAUGCAGCCCAGACCAGGCCUCAGGCCCACAGGCCUAGUGCAGAACCAGCCAAAUCAACUGAGACUACAGCUUCAGCACCGCCUCCAAGCACAGCAGAAUCGCCAGCCACUUAUGAAUCAAAUCAGCAAUGUUUCAAAUGUGAACUUAACUCUGAGGCCUGGGGUACCAACACAGGCACCUAUUAAUGCACAGAUGCUGGCUCAGAGACAGAGGGAAAUCCUGAACCAGCAUCUUCGACAGAGACAAAUGCAUCAGCAACAGCAGGUUCAGCAACGAACUUUGAUGAUGAGAGGACAAGGGUUGAAUAUGACACCAAACAUGGUGGCUCCUAGUGGUCUACCAGCAACCAUGAGCAAUCCCCGGCUUCCCCAGGCAAAUGCCCAGCAGUUUCCAUUUCCUCCAAACUACGGUACUGGAUUCACAUCCCCACCACCUUUCACCAGUCCUUUCUCCCCAGUGUCCCCCAGUCAUGGGUCACAGCUCCUCUCGCACAGCUCUUUGCAUGGCUCCCAGAUGAAUCUGGCUAACCAGGGAAUGAUAGGAAACCUGGGAGGACAGUUGGGGCCUGGCAGGAGUCCCCAAGUCCAGCACAGUACCUUCCAGGCUCUCAGCUCAGGUACCUCCUUUUCUCUGAGUGCAGGUCUUACUUUAAGAAUGACCGAA